UAUGACAGUAGUGCAAUACGCUUGCACUGCGUAGCGUAACUUGAGCUUAUUAACUGCCGUGCAUCAGUUACAACUGCUGGUCAUUUAUGAAGAUUAAAAUCCCAUCCGCACUAUUGCAAAAUAAGUAGCACACUGAUUAUGGCGGGAGUGUAAUUAUUUUUCUUGAAAUGUAUAUGUUUACUUGCGAAAAGGCAUUGCUAGAUGAGCCGCAAAACUGUAUGAGAAAUGUUCUAUGUAGUCUGAUUAAUCACCUAUUUAUGUUAGAGGUUUAUGCCAUAAUUUAUUUCGGGCAUGUUCGUUUCUGACGACCUUAAUCAGAUUUUUAACAACGACACCCUAGUAAUUCCGAAGAACAUCAGCCUGAUACUGGAAGAUGAAAAACGCGACAGGUGUGGACGACCGCGAGAUCUGAUGUUCACAUCGACGUAUAAGGACUGGAUAUGGAUAACCAGAAUCUCCUUCCCAGUGUUUUUGGUUGUUGGAACUCUCGGCAAUGUGCUCGGAAUCGUGACCUUAUACGGUGAUCAUAAAGGGCCUAAACGGACAUUUCUGUUAGGCUUGUUCAUCACAGAUUUAUGGUUCCUAUGGAAUAGAUUGGCAGUUUAUCUGGGUUCCAGAGUAUGGGGAUCCUCUGAAGCUGGGUCAACAGACUUGUAUGGCGGAUUUUAUCAAGCUACUGCCGGAGUUUGGUUGUAUCUGGAAUCUGUGCUUUUCUUUUCUUCCCAGUGGAUUCUACUGGCAUUCUGCAUUGAUCGUUUUCUGGCAAUUGAACUUCCGGUGCAACAUUACACGCGUAAACGACGCCGCAGUUUUCGCCUCUUGGGAAUAAUUUGUGUGGCAUCUGCUGUGAAUGCUCUGUACAUUCCCGUGGUAUAUUAUUGGAUAUUCAGCAACAGUAACCUUCAAGCCGGCCAAAGAGUUCCAGAAUUCCCAAUAGCCUUUCGCCAAUGGCGGCACGUGGAAAUGUGGUGGGAGGUGGUGGAUAGAUUAUUCGCAUACUGCAGCAUCGCGACCUUUAACUAUAUGAUCAUAGCGCGCAUCAGGAAAGCCGCUAAUCCAACGGAUGCUGCAGGAGCACCGCGAAAAUCCUCGCAUCCAAAUAUAAAAAAUCACAGCGGUCACCGGACGCUUUUUCGGACAACAUCCCGCACGGGUGCCACCAAAAUUCUGAUUUUCAGCUCUUUUUUCUUUCUUGUGACUCAAUCCUUGGAUUUCGUCAUGUCGCUGCUGGUAGCCUUCAGCCAAGCGCCAAUAUGUCUAUUCCAUAUCACCAACAGUUUUCUGCAUGUGUAUGACCCGUUCAGAAAUCUUCUGGUAAAUAUGAAUUUUGCAAUGGGAUUCGUGUUUUAUUUGUGCUUCGGCACUAAUUGCCGAGUACGGCUGCGAAAUUCUUUAUGCAUUCCACCACGCACAACCAGGUUGACCUCGUUGUCAUAGCUGUUCAGCUGCAGCACUGGUUCUCCAGUAAGUUUUGCUUUCAAAUACGUAAACUGCUGAUAAAUGUACAGUAUAACUAUGUACAAUACUUGUUGUAAUAAAUUGUAU